AUGGGAUGUGAGGAAGGUUCCUCACAGGUUACAACGCUCCACAUGAGAUGUGUGGAAGGUUCCUCACAGGUUACAACGCUCCACAUGAGAUGUGUGGAAGGUUCCUCACAGGUUACAACGCUCCACAUGGGAUGUGUGGAAGGUUCCUCACAGGUUACAACGCUCCACAUGGGAUGUGUGGAAGGUUCCUCACAGGUUACAACGCUCCACAUGGGAUGUGUGGAAGGUUCCUCACAGGUUACAACGCUCCACAUGGGAUGUGUGGAAGGUUCCUCACAGGUUACAACGCUCCACAUGGGAUGUGUGGAAGGUUCCUCACAGGUUACAACGCUCCACAUGGGAUGUGUGGAAGGUUCCUCACAGGUUACAACGCUCCACAUGGGAUGUGUGGAAGGUUCCUCACAGGUUACAACGCUCCACAUGGGAUGUGAGGAACGUUCCUCACAGGUUACAACGCUCCACAUGGGAUGUGAGGAACGUUCCUCACAGGUUACAACGCUCCACAUGGGAUGUGAGGAACGUUCCUCACAGGUUACAACGCUCCACAUGGGAUGUGAGGAAGGUUCCUCACAGGUUACAACGCUCCACAUGGGAUGUGAGGAAGGUUCCUCACAGGUUACAACGCUCCACAUGGGAUGUGAGGAAGGUUCCUCACAGGUUACAACGCUCCACAUGGGAUGUGAGGAAGGUUCCUCACAGGUUACAACGCUCCACAUGGGAUGUGAGGAAGGUUCCUCACAGGUUACAACGCUCCACAUGGGAUGUGAGGAAGGUUCCUCACAGGUUACAACGCUCCACAUGGGAUGUGAGGAAGGUUCCUCACAGGUUACAACGCUCCACAUGGGAUGUGUGGAAGGUUCCUCACAGGUUACAACGCUCCACAUGGGAUGUGAGGAAGGUUCCUCACAGGUUACAACGCUCCACAUGGGAUGUGUGGAAGGUUCCUCACAGGUUACAACGCUCCACAUGGGAUGUGAGGAAGGUUCCUCACAGGUUACAACGCUCCACAUGGGAUGUGAGGAAGGUUCCUCACAGGUUACAACGCUCCACAUGGGAUGUGUGGAAGGUUCCUCACAGGUUACAACGCUCCACAUGGGAUGUGUGGAACGUUCCUCACAGGUUACAACGCUCCACAUGGGAUGUGUGGAAGGUUCCUCACAGGUUACAACGCUCCACAUGGGAUGUGUGGAAGGUUCCUCACAGGUUACAACGCUCCACAUGGGAUGUGAGGAACGUUCCUCACAGGUUACAACGCUCCACAUGGGAUGUGUGGAACGUUCCUCACAGGUUACAACGCUCCACAUGAGAUGUGUGGAAGGUUCCUCACAGGUUACAACGCUCCACAUGGGAUGUGUGGAAGGUUCCUCACAGGUUACAACGCUCCACAUGGGAUGUGUGGAACGUUCCUCACAGGUUACAACCCUCCACAUGGGAUGUGAGGAACGUUCCUCACAGGUUACAACGCUCCACAUGGGAUGUGAGGAACGUUCCUCACAGGUUACAACCCUCCACAUGGGAUGUGAGGAACGUUCCUCACAGGUUUCAACCCUCCACAUGGGAUGUGUGGAACGUUCCUCACAGGUUUCAACCCUCCACAUGGGAUGUGAGGAACGUUCCUCACAGGUUUCAACCCUCCACAUGGGAUGUGAGGAACGUUCCUCACAGGUUUCAACCCUCCACAUGGGAUGUGUGGAAGGUUUCUCACGGAUGGUGACAUCCACGCGGGAUGUGAUGUAA